ACACUGACAAGACGCACAGCUGGCGGGAAAUGCCACCGGAGUAUGAACACAGACUGAACGGACGGACACCAUUAUCUGACAGCACAAUGGUUCAAAUAGUUGUAAGAGGCAGUGUGGACGGCAGCAGUCCUCCAGAAUGGCUGCUGGUGGAGCUGCAGGGAGAGAUGGUUUCCAGACACAACUCUGGUCUGGCAGGAAAUGUGAUGGGAGACCUGCUCUACACCAAAGAGGGGGUGCCAGUGCUUAUUGUAGGACAUCAUAUCCUGUAUGGGAAGCAGGUCAAACUGGAGAAACCCUUCGCUGUCCUCACCAAGCAUUCCAGCCAUCUGCGGGAUAGCCUGGCCAGCCAUGACAACGACAAUAACAGCGAUGAUGUCACGCAGGUACCUAUGGAAACAAACCAGCAAGGACCCACCUCUUACUCUGUGUCUGCGCUCAUCAAACGGAAGCUGAUCUUUAAGACUCGCCCCAAACCCAUCAUCACUAAUGUACCUAAGAAGGUGUAACGUGACGGUGUUUCUUCACUGGGUCAGAGGUGUGUGUGUGACUGAGCCAUGUGAUCUGUGUCGGACUGUUGAUACUACACCUCCUAUUGAUCAAUACUGCAAACGGUUAAACCGAACUGAUUUCAACAAGAGACUUAAAUGAGGCUCCUUGCAAGUGUGAAUGAAUGUUACUGUAUUGAUUUCCUGAGAGUCAUAGAAAACAUUUGAAGCCCCAUGUGGCUUGUCGGAAUGCCAUUUCAAAUGGUUUUGUACACUGACGAGAAUCACACCAUGGAUUGAAUACUAAAUAAUUUUCUGUAAAAGAACAACAAAAUAAAUAAAUUAAUUAAUUAAAGAAUAUUGGAAAUCAGCAGCUUCAAUCCAUAUGUAUCCACAGAAGGGACACACAGAAAACAUUUCAUUAUCAUUGUGACGAAAAUAAGUUCAGUCAUUUGAUUCAAGCGCCAGCGGUGCGUUUCUAUUUUCUGUCUGUGGUGGCUCCAUCUUGGUUUUGAUAAACUUCCUGCCAAAUGCCACUGACUGAGGCCACUGCUCACCUCACCAGGAAAAAAAAAAAACCUCAGCGCCAUCUAGUGGACCGAAAAGGCAAUUGAUUUUAUUAUUCUAGUACCAAAAGUUGUAUUAAAAUGUGUGUUUGCAAAUAUGAAUUAUGUAAAUAAUAAAAGAUCGAUGCUUG